AUGGACGAGACAAGGGUGGAACCACGAAACGUCGCCAUGGACGAUGCGCUCACCUUGUUGCACGGAGCCUUGCACCAAGAGGCUUGCCUCCGGACUUUAACACCAGCUUUGGAUAGCCUUCCUUCGGACACGCAACCUGUGCGGGACCUCCUCCCAGACCUUUGUUCGCGCGUGCGUUCGGCCUUUGAGAAACUGACUGCCCUGGCAGAGACGGAUGAAGUGGCCUCGGUGCUCUUGGCCUCGGUGUUGUGCCGACACAGGCUCUCCAAAGGGCUGGUCUCAGACGAGGCUGCGGCUGCUGGUGUCUUUCGGCAUGCCACGGCGACGGCCGAACAUAGCCAUCUCGGGCUUUAUCUGGUGGGCUGUGCUUACUUGGACGGGCUAGGGGUCGCGAAGGAUCACGAGCGGGCUGCCAAGCUGCUGAACCAGGCAGCAGAGCAGGGCAGCGCAGCAGCCAAGUGCUCACUCAGCUUCUGCUAUGAGAAGGGCUUAGGCUUGAAGAGCGAUGAUGCCCGGGCCCGGCAGCUUUUGAGGGAGUCAGCAGAUCUGGGAUAUGCCGUCGCGUUGUUUAAGCUGGGGUGUUGCCAUGAAUAUGGCAUUCUGAGCACGGAGGUCAGGCCGGAAGAGGCUCACCGGCUCUAUGCCGAAGCCUCCAAGCAAGGCCAUCCGGCAGCAAUGGCGCAGCUGGGAAAGAGUUUUUCGAAUGGCGUUGGGGUGGCAGUCAACAAGGCAGAGGCCUGCCGAUGGUUUCAGUGCGCCGUGGAAGCUGGUGACAGAGAUGGCAUGCACCUCUUGGCUCUUGCGUACCGAUAUGGGGAGGGUGUGGAAGCGGAUACGACGAGGGCUGUGGAGCUGUACCGCCAAAGCGGGGAUUUGGGGCAGCCGCAGGCCCUGUACAACCUGGGUUGCUGCUACAUGAACGGCACAGGGGUUCAAAGAGACCCGGCCGCAGCCGUGGAUUGCUACCGCCGUGCUGCGGCGAAGGGCGACAUGGAUGCCCACGUGAACUUGGCCAAGUGUUUGCUCACGGGGGACGGUGUGGCACCAGACCAGGCAGAGGCUCAAAACCUGCUGAUGAGAGCUGCAGAGCACGGCCACCCCGUUGGCCGUUCCUUCGCGCAAUUCCACAAGAUGGUGCACCCGGCCCCAGGCAUGUAG